GUUUACAACACAAUAUAUUCAACUGCAAUAGGCAACAAGUUAACUGAAAAUAGUACAAAAUUCGUGAAAAUCCAAAGGAAUUUCAAUCUUACACCGAACACUGAUCCCAAAAAGUCAAUAGCGCAAGUACCGCUGUCGAAACAACAUGAACUAACUGAACUAAUCAAGUGAAUUAAAUGAAAUUCUCGAAAGAAUGGAAACGACUCACGAAACAAAAUCGACUGAACAGGUACCGGAAAAAACUGAACCGGUCGAGCCUCCUGAACCUCCCGAGCCAUGGACACGACGUCGUUUGAUACAGAACAGAGAGGAAUCAACACUGAAUAGAGUUACAGCUGACGUCAAACAUGAAAUUUCGGUUAAGGUAGAAGAUACGAUUGGACAGACCUCGUGCAUGGAUGAAGCGGAUGAAGCAGCUAACGUACCGCAGGAGUUCGUUAUUGCAGGGAUCUGCUCAGUUAAAAUGGAACGAGAGGACGAAUCUUCAGAUGAAAAUGGAUUCAUGGAAUACCGUCCGGUGAAAAUGGAAGAAGAACUUCAUUUGAUUUGUGAUACUGAAAUGCCUGAAGAUAUUACUGAUCAUCAGUCACCUUCAACAGUGCAAGAGGAAAACUCGAUAUUGGAACCUGGGGAAUGGUUGGAAAACGAAAUCGCAGACAAAGGAAACAUAGAGCGUAUGGUUCAUCAACCAGAAAUGUUUGAAUAUUCUAAGCCUCCCGAACCAGCAGCAAAACAACAAUCUAUCUUAUAUUUAACAGAAGGAGAUGAACUUUUGACGUUGAAACCUGAACGGUUGACAAACGAAAUUGCAGAAGAAAGAUCGAGCAGCGUAGGGCCUGUGAUUGAGAGCAUUGAAGAACGCGAAGAAUAUUAUCGCAUCAAUCGGGGAAAAGGACGCCCUCCGCAACACUUUCACCUUACAGUGCAGGAGAAACUUUCAUUUUUGGAACGGUUGGCAAACGAACGCGAAAACCAAGGUCCCAAAUGGGGACGUCCACGAAAACACCCUCGUCCAACAGAAGAAGAGGAGUUGACAAUACAACGUAAACGUGCUGAGCGGUUGGCAAACCAAGCCGCUGAAAAAGAACCACAGAGUGCGGAUAAUCAAACUGAAACUGUUAAAAAUGCCAAUCGGCCCAAACGAGGAAGACCACGAAAAAGACGUCUGACGACUGAAAAUUUGGCAAAACGAAAAUCAAUAUCAUAUUCAACAGAAGGAGAUGAACUGACGUUGAAACCUGAACGGUUGACAAACGAAAUUGCAGAAGAAAGAUCGAGCAUCGUAGGGCCUGCGAUUGAGAGCAUUGAAGUACGCGAAGAAUAUUAUCGCACCAAUCGGGGAAGAGGACGCCCUCCGCAACACCUUCGCCUUACAGUGCAGGAGAAACUUUCAUUUUUGGAACGGUUGGCAAACGAACGCGAAAACCAAGGUCCCAAAUGGGGACGUCCACGAAAACACCCUCGUCCAACAGAAGAAGAGGAGUUGACAAUACAACGUAAACGUGCUGAGCGGUUGGCAAACCAAGCCGCUGAAAAAGAACCACAAAGUGCGGAUAAUCAAACUGAAACUGUUAAAAAUACCAAUCGGCCCAAACGAGGAAGACCACGAAAAAGACGUCUGACGGCUGAAAAUUUGGCAAAACGAAAAUCAAUAUCAUAUUCAACAGAAGGAGAUGAACUGACGUUGAAACCUGAACGGUUGACAAACGAAAUUGCAGAAGAAAGAUCGAGCAUCGUAGGGCCUGCGAUUGAGAGCAUUGAAGUACGCGAAGAAUAUUAUCGCACCAAUCGGGGAAGAGGACGCCCUCCGCAACACCUUCGCCUUACAGUGCAGGAGAAACUUUCAUUUUUGGAACGGUUGGCAAACGAACGCGAAAACCAAGGUCCCAAAUGGGGACGUCCACGAAAACACCCUCGUCCAACAGAAGAAGAGGAGUUGACAAUACAACGUAACCGUGCUGAGCGGUUGGCAAACCAAGCCGCUGAAAAAGAACCACAAAGUGCGGAUAAUCAAACUGAAACUGUUAAAAAUACCAAUCGACCCAAACGAGGAAGACCACGAAAAAGACGUCUGACUGCUGAAAAUUUGGCAAACGAAACACCAGCACAGAGGGAGAGAAGAUUGGAAUAUCAACGAUGGUACCGCAGAAAAAGAAAACCGCAAAAACAAAGGGCUGAACUUCGGGAAAGCCGUGAAAUAAUAAAAUUACAGCGACUCGCCAUGGAAACCGAAGAAGAAAGGGCGGCAAGGUUGGAACAUAAGCGAAUGGUAGCGUUAAAGUAUCGUGAAAGUUUAACAGAAGAGGAAAGAGAAGAGAGAUUGGAGCGGUUUAGAAUGCGAUGGUUUAUGUAUCGAGCACAGGAAACGGACGAACAAGCGGCGAUGCGUAGAGCACGCUACAGAAUUGCAUAUAAGAAAAAAACAGAAAAGCAACGAAUUGCUAACAUGGAGCGCAUAAAAAUGGCACAAUUGAAACGAAGUGCCACAGAAACGGAGGAACAAAAGGCGGAACAAUUGAAACCCUCGAAAAUAGCACAACGACUCAAGUAUCAGGGGAAAAAACGUCAGAGAGCUGCACAAAAACUAAAAGAAAGCGUCAUGACGGAACAGGUUCACUCUACGAACGGGAUUUUCGGGUUGUGAAUCAACAGUAGCAUUUCGACUUGACGCAUCCAUAUCCGCAUCCACACACUGAGCUUCCAUUGAAAUUUUAUUUAAAACUCAAUAAAAUUCGCAAAAGAA